AUGUCAGGAAUUAUUCAACCAAUUUCGCCAAGCUUUGAAAGAUUGAGAGAUAUCUCAACCAACAAUAACAAUGGAUCAUCACCAGACUCCAAUGCCAAUGGAAUGCAUUCUAGUGGAGGAACUUCAGAACGUUCAUUUCCAGGUCGUACAGGCACUUUUUCACUCGCUGCUGCCAAGAAAACUAGCAAUAACAAUAAUAAUAAUAAUAAGGAGGUACCAAUCGAUAUCAGACCAAUUACCAACUCACUUGACGAACUCAUUGAAGACGUCAGUAAUAUCGGUGACACCUACGACUUGGUCACCAUUACAGAGUACCGUCAAGUGAUUACACGUAUCGCACUUACACUCCAAUCGAUCAAGUCGUACUUUGAGCACUUUACUCGUAUCGCCAUCUCCAACAAGCAACCAGUGAUCGAAAAGAUCAACUACUAUGUCAAGACACUCGAUGAGAUCAACAGAGACCAAGCCACCAUUCACUUGAAGGUCGUCAAGAUCUUGAAUGGCUUGGACCAGAAUCACCGCGACAAACACGGACACUUGAUCAACUCGAUCAAACAGAUCAUCCCAAUGCUCGGCAUUGAAAUUCAAAUUAUCAAUAUACUCGACCAGUUGCUCACCUCUUUCAACCAAAAGGACAGCAGCAAGAGCAAACAACUCAUUAGAGACCUCAUCAAGAUAUUCAAUCAACACAACAACAACCUUUUAUUUAUAAAUACCGAAAUGUCAACACAACUCACCUCAAUUCAAAUUCAAUUGGAACAAGAUGUAUCCUUAGAUGAAUGUAUGGUUGAAAAACUUAUUAAUCAUAAUAAAAUGGAAAAUAAUCAACAACAACAACAAGAUGAAGAAGCAUUCAUUGAUCCAAAUGAUGCUGUUCAAGAGUUGGUUUUAGAUUCAAAAGAGAAUGCUAUGAUGGAUGACGAUGACGAUGCCGAUGAUAUCGAAGCUGGUGGUGAUGAAGACAUGAAGGAAGGUGACGACGUAGAGAUGGACGAAGACUUUGAAGAUGAAUCGGUACAAGGAUUCUUUGAACACACCGACUCUGUCUAUUGCGUCGCUAUCAAUCGUCAACACAACGAUAUCAUUGUCACCGGUGGUGGUGACGAUCUCGCUUAUCUUUGGAAUCGUGAAGACGGCAACAAAGUAUACACUCUCAAGGGUCACACCGACUCUGUCUGCUCGGUCGGCUUCAACUUUGACGGAACACUCGUCGCCACCGGUGGAAUGGACGGUGUCGUUCGUGUCUGGGACGUUGCAACCGGUGAACUAAAGGUAACAUUGGAAGGUCCAUCCGAAGCAAUCGAGUGGAUUCAAUGGCAUCCAAGAGGAAACUUGCUUUUGGCAGGAUCUGCUGAUUGCUGUGCAUUCAUGUGGUCGACACUCAAAGGUGAUCUACUCUCGACAUUCGCAGGACACAGCGGCAUCGUUGCAGACGGUACAUUCACACCCGAUGGAAAGAAAGUAGUCACCAUCUCUGAAGAUCAAACACUACGUUGUUGGAAUCCAAAGGAUGGUAGUGUAGCCGGUGUCAUUAGCGGUCACGGAUUCCACGAGUCGCCAAUCAACAGAGUUGCCAUUCGUUCCGAUGGUGUUCUCGCUCUCACCGCCGGAGAAGACAACUACGCAUGUAUCUCAAACAUCAACACCAACAAAGUCGUAGGUAAACUAAUGGGUCAUACAGAUACAAUCGAAGCUAUAGCAUUCAGUAAUAACAAUCCAAAUUUCUGUUUUACUGGAUCUAUGGAUGGUACUGUUAAAGUAUGGGAUAUACAGACAAUGCAACCACGUUCAACAAUGAAACAUAAAGAGGGAUGUGGUAUUACAAAGUUGAUGGUACAUCCUACACAACCGAUUUUAUAUAGUUCGUCGACCGAUAAGACUAUUUGUCUUUGGGACGAGCGUAACGGUCAGCUCAUCAAACAAUUCAAAGGACAUCAAGAUGUUAUUUUAGAUUUCGAUAUGACAAACGACGGUGCAACUCUGGUGACUGCCGGUGACGAUAAAGUAUCUUUAGUUUUCUCAAUGUUGGCUGCCACUGCUCAACAAACUGCUGCACCAAACAAUGCAUUCGCUACAACUACAUCGACAACAACAACAACAACAUCGACAACAACAUCUAAUUAA